AUGGGCACAGCAGGUGUACAGACCCAGGAACUCAGCACAGGGAUGGUGGGAACUCCUCCUAAUGGGCAGAGCAGGUACAGACCCAGGAACUUUCUCAUAAUGGGCGCAGCAGGUGUGCACCCCAGAACCUCAGCACAUGGAUGGUAGGAACCCCUCAUAAUGGGCACAGCAGGUGUGCAUACCCAGAACCUCAGCACAGGGAUGGUGGGAACCCCUAGUAAUGGGCGCAGCAGGUGUGCAGACCUGGGACCUCAGCACAGGGAUGGUAGAAACCCCUCAUAAUGGGAACAG